AUGGAUCCCACAACCGGGACAUGUUCCGGGUGCGAGGUCACCAAGAAGAUCCCUAGUUGGAUGAUGAGGAAGACACUAAUGCAAUGUAUGGAAGCCGGCCACUUUGGCAAGGACGCCAUGGAUAUGGCGCGGCUGGAACAUGCACUCCCCCGCGGCGAUCUUCACCGGCCGAGAGUGGGCAGCAAGACGGCGGAGCGGAGCUGCUCGGUGUGCCUCAAGAAUUUCGAGGAGGACGACUACAUCUGGUCGAUGCCCUGCUCCCACACUUUCCAUCAGCUCUGCGUCUUGGGUGACCGCUCUUGCAGGGUCUGUCACCCGGCUGCUCCCCCAUCCACGGAGGAGAAACCGGAGGCCCCUCGGACUAUUCAUUGA